AGUGCCCUUCGGGAGAAGUCGAGUCGUCAGUGGAAGCUAAGUAUUCUUAGCAAUUUGUCGCUGUUUUCAGGACCUUUCGGCAAUCGCAAAACUCUGAUACCGUUUAGUCACAUAUGAAUGUGAAUUACUUUGUGUUGAAUUAGAAUUAUUAUGAACAGUUUAAUGCAAUAGCAGUGAUGUCAACCAGCCAGGGUCUCGGAUGCGCCUGUCAAGCGUUAUGGAUUUUUUUCUAAAGGGUCGAAAUGAUCUGCUAAGCACUUGGAUAAAAUUGAAGCAGGACAUUUGCUGUGGCAUUUUGAAAGCUGGUUGUUUUUUUCUUGGAACGGAAAUUAUUUGGACAAAGGAUGGUAAUGUUGCGUUGAAAAGAGGAAAACUUCGCUUGUUUGGAAAAUCUGGACUCAAAUCAUUGUUUUGAAUUCGGGACCGAGAGAUGAAACCGCUGCUCUAGCCCAUUAUUACCUGUUUCAAUAUCGAAAAUAUCUUGUAUCAUAAGUGACCAAAGACGCCCCUUUUAAACGAUGAAGUAUGCUGAUGUAUUGAUACAUUGAAUUGUUUAAGACGGGGUGACAACAUAAUAUUGUGAAAGCAACACAUACGAUGGCUUGUAAAUAAGGACAUGUUUUACUUCUCAGCUAAUGUAAAUGUGUAUACGUCUGCACUGUAUUGCCAGUUCCUAAAGAUUUUUGAAGCAAUACGAUCUGGCACAGAUUUUGAUAGCCAUGUAGUCCGUUUAGCCGGGUGUAAUAGGCUACAGCCCAAUACGGGAGAGGAAUGACCACGCUCUCUGACUUGCAACUUAGAUAUUUUGGAUUUCAGAAACCCACGGAACUGGAGUGACCGGCCUUCGUUGUGAAAACAUUCUCAGUUUGAAUUAUAUUAUAAAACUUCAAAAUGUCGGCGGUAAUGGUGACCAAGAAGGUCACCCGAAAAUGGGAAAAGCUCCCGGGCAAGAACACUUUCUGCUGUGAUGGACGCGUGAUGAUGGCAAGACAGAAAGGCGUGUUUUACCUAACCUUAUUUCUCAUCCUGGGGACCUGCUCCUUGUUCUUUGCAUUCGAGUGUCCGUACCUGGCGGUGCACCUGUCCCCUGCCAUCCCGGUCUUUGCCGUCCUGCUCUUCCUGUUUGUCAUGGCCAUGCUGCUGAGGACCAGCUUCAGCGACCCAGGGGUGCUACCCCGCGCCCUUCCUGAUGAGGCCACGUUCAUCGAGAUGGAGAUCGAGGCGGCCAACGGGAACGUCCCGACGGGCCAGCGGCCCCCUCCCCGGAUCAGGAACGUCCAGAUUAACGGGCAGAUCGUGAAGCUCAAGUACUGCUACACCUGCAAGAUCUUCCGCCCUCCCCGCGCCUCCCACUGCAGCAUCUGCGAUAACUGUGUGGAUCGCUUCGACCAUCACUGUCCGUGGGUGGGCAACUGUGUCGGCCGGAGGAACUACCGCUACUUCUACCUGUUCACACUGUCGCUAUCCCUCCUCACCAUCUACAUCUUCACCUUCAACAUCGUCCACGUGGUGCUGCGUUCGGUGGAUUCUGGGUUUGUGAGCGCCAUUCGAGACACGCCUGGAACUGUGCUGGAGGUGCUGGUGUGCUUCUUCACCCUGUGGUCCGUGGUGGGACUGACCGGCUUCCACACCUACCUGAUCUCCCUCAACCAGACUACCAACGAGGACAUCAAAGGCUCGUGGUCCGGGAAGAAUCGGGUCCAGAACCCGUACAGUCACAGGAAUUUUCUGAAGAACUGCUGCGAGGUGUUGUGUGGACCUGCCUACCCCAGUGUGCUGGACAAACGAGCGCCGAUACAGGAGGGGUCAGCCGGCCCCACUGCCGGCCCAGUGCCGGAAACCUCCGCCGGUCCGGUCCCUGAGCCUGCGACCACAAAAACCACGGCUCCGCUCAUUCCCAAUGAGCACACUCCCGAGGAUGCCAAGCCCAGCAUCGGUGCCCCGCCUGCGACAAGCUCCUCCCCCAAGGAAGAGAAGCCGCCCACUCCCCAGGACCCGGCCUCCCCGUCUCCGUCACACGACGCGGAUCCUGCCCAGGCCAAGGAGAAAACCCACUAGCUGCACCUGCAGUGAAGAACACCAGUAUUAUUGCGUUGAACAGAAUGCGCUCUUUUUCAAAGGAGACUAAUCCGAGCCUUUUACGAAACUGACGUCUGGAACGCUGGAGUGCUGAUUUAUUAAAGACCCGGCGGGCUGGCUGGUGCCCUGCAUUCCAACGUGUGCGCUUAUUGUGAAAGACCCUCUUUGUACUGUCGGCCAUUUUGGUGGAAUGCAGGUCUGUGGAUGAGUGACAUUCCAGGGGGAGCACCAGGAGGUGCGCACCUGCGGCCCUCACCUGCGGCCACCUGCCUGCACCUUGCAUGGAACUAUACGGGCGGUUCGGUGACAGUCUUCAUACUGCAAAACUGCUAAACCGGGAGCCUCUUGCUUACUGCCAGAUGGAUGGUGGUUGUGCUAUGGAUUUUAUUUGUAUUUUUGUUUUUGCAUUUUGAUGAAAUAUCAAUGGACUCCACCCCCUCACCCAACCCCCAACUCCCAACCCCCACCGCCCAAGGUCAUAAUAUCUGACUGACAUUCCCUUCAGACUUGUGCAAUUCUUUUGUAAGUUGUGUAAUUAACAGUGUUCAGUUUCUCCAGUGCUUAGCAACCCCUAUGCAAUUAAAACAACUAUUGGCACAAAAGACAUUUGCUUGAAGGAGGAACGGGGGCAGUUUGUGGUGGUGUGGUGUGUCUGAACAUCUGAUCGUACAAAACACUUUGAUCUGGAAGCAGUAAAAAUGAGAGUUCGCCAUAUCCCUCUCCCUUUAAGCUCUGCGGUUGACCAAUUCUAGAUGCCAUUUCCCUUUCCCCAGUUCACUUCGACAGAAAGCGGCAUAUCUGAACUGCCAUUGCAACAGCCAGACACACUGUGCUGUGGACCUUUUUCUUUUUCCUCAGUUUGUUGUCUGUUCUGCUCUUAGACACUCAAUUUCUCUCUCUCUCUCUCUCUCUCUCUCUCUCUCUCUCUCUCUCACUCUCUCUUUCACAUUGUCAGCUUUCAGCAAGGGGAAGGGGAACUUCCCUUGCACGUCCACAUUCCUGGGGCCCUCUUGGGGUUAGAGGUCGGUGGAGAGCCAUGGGGUGGUUCCCUAGGCGAUGGGAGGGGAGGCCUGUUGGCUAUAGAUGGUAGACACUAGUAACUGUGCCUUAUCUAAAAGCUGCACUAGCCCAUGCAAACUUAGGCCGUCAGCAGUGAAAGCCCAUUGACGUCAUUUCUUGGUAGCUGUCCAAAACUGUCAACGCGGGUUGAAAAUAAAUGGAAAAAUCUCUGACCUUUUUAUAUACCGGUAAGAUGCAACGGAGUAAAAAGAAAGGACUAAUUGAAAUAAAAUAAAGCCAUGAUUUUAAUGUACAUGCGCGGAGGAUGAAAUGUCUGAAAUGUGCUUCAAUUCCUAACGAAAAAAAAAAAACGAAAAGGGGGAGAGGGGGCUGCUUUUGUGUGUCAGUGUUUGUGUUGUCAGGUUUUCUGGCCAGGUUUUUCACAGUUUCAGGAAUAGAAAGCUUCGCAGAUUGUGCCAGAACCUUCCCUCAGACGUUCCGCUGAUAUCACAUCCUCUCUAUGUCUCGUGUCCCUUUGUAACCGCAACUCCGGCUAUCAGCGUGCGUCAUUCUUCAUCAGGCUUUUCUUUUUGUCUUUCGCUCUCGGCUCGAGGGCCACACAGCCGAAAUGAUGGGGGGGGUUUUUUUCCCGGGCUGUCUCAUUAUCGGUAAAGGAUAAGUGAGAGUUGGCGUUCCUUUGUUGUCAUCCGUCUCACACAUUGGUUCAUUUCGUACGUAUAUCGAGGAGCUGAUUUGUGGAGCCUGUUAGCACUCGUCAGUCACUUGUUGACAGCUACGGAAUGAAAAUUGGAUUUUUGUGAAAUGAAAUGAUUUGACGCCAGCAGGAAUUUUGGGGGGGUUGGGGGGAGACGGGACAUGGGACAUGGGAGGGGGAGGUUGAAGGCACCACAAAAUCAUGUGGCAUUGUCCAGGGAAGGGAACAACCUGAUGGUGCGUACCGGGGACACCCUCUGGCCAGUUGGGCACACACAGUGUCUCCACAAUCAACACAUUCAGGGUCCUCCUCUGACUCUGUCUGUGUGAGCUUAGCAGUUAGGUCAGAGUGAAAAGAUGCAGUGGCUAAUAACUCAUGUUUUGAAGGUCGGUGUGACUCUGUCUCCCCUGAAUUGAUAGAAGGAGGUUUAACAGAUGAGCAAAAUAGGGGUGAAAGUUUAAUAUUAAAGUAAAAAAUUGACCCAGAUAUGACGCACUGUGUCACCUACUUAUGCAUUAGAGUGUCCUGACUGCAGAAAUGAUGGAUAACACCACCACGGUCUAGGUGUAGGGAUUGGCUCCACUUUCAGACUGAUUGUUUUCAGAGUGAUUGGUUAUCUCCUGCAUGUCUCAUGGUGUUAAAGUGUCGAUGUUCAGAGUGUGAACACUGCACAGUGUUUUAAUCUUGUAACGAGACUUAAAAUCUUACUUUAUUUAUUUAAAGUAGAAAAUAUUAGCAUGUUGUAAGUUACUUUAUUCCCGCUGGCAAAUCAAACUGUCUCACUUCAUUGGCUAUCUUUUUGUCUUGUAUAACAAAAGAAAAGUAAUCAAAAUAAGAUUUUAAGUUGAAAUAUAAGACUAAAAUACUUAAGACUCACUUAGAUUUUAGUUUUUGCAGUGAAUAAAAUGGUGAAUGCUGAAGAUGGUGAUUUCAUGAAUUUGAAAGACUGGUGUUAUAAAUGUUGAGGAUGCAGUGUGGGUGCUGGAUGGUUAGACAUGAUACAGUGUUGUUAAUACCGGCUCUGUCCACAUCCUGCCCACAAACAAUACAAAAAAACCAUGGUGGCAGGUGGAUAGCAAUACACCCAGCUAGCGCACUGUAUUCCCGUCGUGUUUCUGUUGUGUUACCGCAACGUCUGCUUUGCUGCAACAUUACGGCACUAAUUCAGCAGGAUUUAAUCUUUGACUCCUACUAAUCCUAUGUUCGUCACAUCGGCAACGUUUAAAGAAACGAUCGUUUAUCAUACUUUUACUCGACUCUGAAUCUAAGGUUGAUUAUUGCAGCUAAACAUCACAGCUGUUGUUUUAGGAAUAAUUUGUAAUGGCAUUAUAGCAAGUGCAGGGAGGCAAAAAUUGAGCCCUAAUUUUCAUAAAUCACUGCUGAUUGUACUACUCACUGGAGUGAUAGGCUGGAAAUACACAAAAGGGAACAUAUAGGCAAAAGACCGGAUCAAGGUGUGUGCAUUUAUAAUGGAAAAACCCGCUGUUGUGCUGUCUGUAGAUGUUUUUUCCUGAGAGAUUUCUUGAAAAAGGGAAGGCCUUUCAUGUAAUUGGUACUGUAACUCCCUGUCUGGCUUACCUUCUGUUUAAAAUGUUUUCUCAAACUUCCCUGCCCUUGAAUGACUAGCUUUUAAAUAAAAUGUAUAAAAAUGGUCUACCUUUUAAUGAAAGCUAAUGAGAUUUCUUCACAAAGAGCGGUUAUGCGAUACUCAGGAGUAGAUAGCU